CUCUCUCUCUCUCUCUCUCUCCCCAUAAAUAUUUUUCACAUCCCAGCAAAAGGGUUUUCUCAAUUUCCAGUCUUUAAUGGAAAGCCAAGACCCAGGCAGCAAGAAAACCCUUCGCAGGAGCAGCAACAGCCACCUAUCAAUGUCCGACACCGAGUCGACAGCGAGUCAGGUCGAUUCCUGGCACUCGCCCCUCCGAUCCGACUCGCCCUUCCGCUCGGAUGACCCUUACUUCCACCACGAGGCCGAAAACCCCGGCAGCAGGAGCGGCAAAUCGCUAGCAGUGGCCGACAGGUUCUACUCCCCGGGGCCGUCUCCGGAUAAGCCCAACCCGCCGGCGAGCCCCACUGCCGCCGCCGGUAGGGUCAAGGGCUGGCGUCCGUGGCCCCACUCGGAGAAGCUGCCGUCGGGGAACUCCGCCGAUUUUCCGGAGAAGAACUCGGCGGUGGUGCUCGGGGUUAAUAGGUUGGUGAGGGAGGAGCCGCCGGCGGCGGUGAGGAAGGUGGGCGCGGUUUGGGGCGGCGGCGGCCGGCUGGAGGAAGGGUAUGGGGGUGGCGGGGAGGGUCAGUCGAGGGAGGCAGCGGUGGCAGACAUAUUGAGGCGGUCGGAGAGGAAUGUGGCGGUGAAAAAGGUGGCGCUGGUGCUCAGGGUGUUUGAGGUGAUGGCUUGUUUGGUUUCGUUUUCGGUUAUGGCGGCCGACAAGACUCAGGGGUGGAGUGGAGAUUCGUUCGAACGGUAUCUCGAGUACAGAUAUUGUCUAGCUGUGAACGUUAUAGGUUUUGUGUAUUCUGGUUUCCAAGCGUAUUGUCUGGCGUACCAUUUGGGCACAGAGAAGCAUAUGGUGGCCUAUUUGCUGAUGUCAGCAUCGUCAUCAGCAGCUACAAGGGUGACGGACUGGAUUUCAAAUUGGGGCAAAGACGAGUUCACAAUAAUGGCUAGUGCAUCAAUCGCCAUGUCGUUUUUGGCGUUCUUUGCCUUUGCUUUGAGCUCUCUUAUUUCUGGUCACAAUUUCUACAACCGCCAUUCGACUUGA